AUGGCCACCAUUGAGCCGCGUCUGAUUCAUCUAUUGAAUGAUCCGACCACUCCGGAGGCCCCCAACACGGAUGGCCUCAACACGGAGGGCCUCAAUACGGAUGGCAUCACCACGGAGGAUCUCAAUAUGGAGACCUCCAACACGGAAGUCCCCAACACGGAAGUCCCCAACACGGAAGUGCCCAUACAGCCUUCACUACCUUCGCUGCCUGCGCUGCAGCUGCUGCCAUUGUCCGGGAAUCGAGACGGCCCUCUGCCGCCGCUGCAGCUCGAGGGACUUCGAGCCGACAGAUUCUUCGGUAGCGCUGGCCGGAAUGCCGCUCUUCCCGGCCCCAGCGGCGGAGCACUCGGAGCUCCGCUGGCGUCCCCCUUCAUUGGGGACCAGACGACGGCCUUUGGAGAUUUCAGGAGAGAAACCGACUACUCCAGAGAAGGCAAAUAUGCCGGGAGCGCGGCCCUGUAUCCGCUGAAGCUCCUGGUGAGCGAGGUCAAUAUGCCGCCGAUGCCCACGCCGCCCGCCCCGUCCUUCACCAGCAUUCUGAACGAGGGGCCAGAUUUUCAGGAUGACGCUCCUUCAGCUUCUUCGUCUGCGCCGACGUCUUAUACCACGGCCGCGGCAGCUUCCUCGUCAUUGCCCUUUCCCUCCUCGUCUUCCGCAACCGCCACAACCGCAGCCGCAGCCACAUCCAGCAUCGCCUCCGCCUCCGCCUCUACCUCUAACUCCAACAAUAAGAGACCAGCUAUCCAUAUCAAGGAUGAUUUCAUGCAGCUACCGCAGCCCGCCAAGAAGCCAAAGGCGCACCAGGCUCCCCCGAUGCCGCCAAUCAUCAACGGACUGCUUGAGCCACCGCCCCAUGUGUCUCUCUUUCCUCCCAUCGAGUCCAGCGCCUUUGACGAUACCGACGCAGGUCAGAGCAAGCUACUCCACGAGCUCAACUACAGUCCGCCGGGCCCUCGUUUAUCCCCAGAGCCUAACCAGCCGAUGACCAAGCCGAGGACCACAAGGAAACGUUCAAGCAAACCUAGGCGAAAGUGGUCAGAGGAGGAAACGAAUCAUCUGCUCAGGGGUGUCGAUCGCCAUGGUGUGGGCAAGUGGACCAGUAUCCUGGAUGAUCCCGACUUUCAUUUCAACUCGCGCUCGGCCGGUGAUCUCAAGGACCGCUUCCGCACCUGCUGUCCCGAGGAGAUGCGUGUGACCGAUGUUGAUGAGCGCCACUCCCUUGCCCGACGGCGCCAGCUCCGGAACCAGUUCAGGCAGCUGACUUCGCCACUGAAGACGCCGGAGAAGACGGCAGGUGAGACGUCAUUAUCAGAAGGCGGGACUUGGUCGGGCAAGGAUUCGGCCACCGGUACUCCGAGUGAGAUGGAUGAUCCUCCCACGAAGAAGAGCCGCGCCCAUCGCAUGAAGGUGUCAGACCUCGCGGGGCUUGGCAUCACCGGCCCGUUCAGAAGGGCCCGCAGGAGAGAGAGGACGGCCUUCUCCAACCGGGACGACCAGGAGAUCCUGCUAGGCCUUCAGACGUACGGCCCAUCUUGGUCUAAGAUACAACGCGACAAACGCUUUCACCUGGGUAACCGGCAGCCGACGGACCUCCGCGACCGGGUGCGCAACAAGUAUCCCUACAUCUAUCAGCGAAUCGAGAAGGGUGUCUUCCAGCCCAAAGAUGUCAGCAGCACAAACAUUCUCGAACCAAUGGUGAACACGAACAUUGCCAAUGCGUUCAAGCCCCGAACCACCGCCGCAGCGCCAUCACUUGCACUGACGGCGAACAACUCUGCGAGCCGUGGAGCGACACAAGAUGAGCUGCCAAAGUGGCUGUUCCAGACUGCUGGUACAACAGAGCAGCCGCAGCAAGCUCCUCGAGACUCUGACGAGCCUACACCGUCAGCUACUGGCGGAGAGAUGGAUAUCGCCAGGCUGUUACUGGACGAUGCCCAAGCAACAUCCAGCAUGAUUUGA